AUGGCUAUGUCAAGCAACGAGAAGCGCGCAUUAGAGAGGACAAAAUGCCGAGAAGCUUUGGCGGCGCACAUCCGUUUGCGACUUGGUCUCGUCGUGGCUCCCAAUCAGGUCCGUCUCCAACCACGAGCCGAGGACGGAUACGCCUGGUCUGUGACCGAGCCCAACAGGCAUCUGUUGCAGUCAAGCCUCAGUGGUGGAAACGUCCGCCUGUACCGAUCAAUAUGCGAUGAACUCGGCCGGUCGCUCGAGGCUGUUACGCCGGAGACCUUACAGACUUCUCCUUCCAACCAGGAAACCAAUGCAGAGGAGCCGCCGCGUGCGGAUGAUCGGGGAACUGUAUCGUUUACUGCGCAGAUCCGCGAUUUGGAAUCUGCAAAUCGCGAUCUGGCGGUUGAGCUUGAUCGGGCCCGCGGCCGUCUACAGGAGUCAGUGAGCGAGUGCCGUCAUUUGAAAAUCGAAACCGCUCGGCUUCAGGGUCAACUCCAGGCCAGUGAUUCCCGGGCAAGAGACCUUGAGGUCGAGUUAGCUCGUGUGAGAGCAGGAGUAUCCGAAGCGAUGCAGGUCUUAUCACGAGGGAAAAGCGAGUCCGAUCAACCAGACCCCGAUGCCUGA